AUGUGGCCAAAACUCCCCCAAGUAUACCUCCAGGAUUCUUUUCGGAGCAGAUUCAUCAGGAUGAGCAUGCCAGCCCCACCCAGACUUCUGGACCUGGCAGGUCAGAGCCUGCUGAGGCACCAGGCCUCAGCCAUUGCCGCUCUGGAAGUGCUGCCUAUGGAGCUCUUCCCACCGCUGUUCACAGCGGCCUUUGCUGGGAGGUACAGUGAGAUCCUGAAGGUGAUGGUGCAGGCCUGGCCCUUUGCCUGCCUCCCUCUGGGGGCCUUGAUGAAGGAGCAGCAGCCCCACCAGGAGACCUUCCAAGCUGCACUCGAUGGCCUUGAUGUCCUGCUUGCCCAGGAGGUUCGUCCCAGGAGGUGGAAACUGCAGGUGCUAGAUUUACGGAAGAAUGCUCAUCAGGACUUCUGGACCGUGUGGUCUGGGACGAGGGCCAGUAUGUAUUCCCUGUUGGAGCCAGAGGUGGCCCAGCCCAUGAAGAAGAAGCGAAAAGUGGAUGGUUGCAAGCCAGGGCCCAAGCCACCCUUGGCUCCUGUGGAGGUGCUGAUAGACCUUUGCCUCAAGGAAGGUACCCCUGAUGAGUCCCUCGCCUACCUCAUCCAGAAAGUCCAGCAGAGGAAGGGUCUGCUGCACCUGUGCUGUAAGAAGCUGAAGAUUUUCGCAAUGCCCAUACAGAACAUCAAGAAGAUCCUGAAAAUUGUACAGCUGGACUCGAUCCAGGAUUUGGAAGUGAAUUGCACCUGGAAACUGUCCACACUGGGGAAGUUUGCUCCUCAUCUGGGUCAGAUGGGCAAUUUGCGCAGGCUCCUCCUCUCGCACAUCCACAUGUCUUCCCACACCACCCCAGCGAAGGAGGAACACUGCGUCAACCAGUUCACUGCUCAGUUCCUCAGGCUGCACCACCUUGAGGAGCUCUAUUUGGACUCUAUCUCCUUCCUGGAAGACCGUCUGGACCAGGUGCUCAGCUGCCUGAAGACCCCCCUAGAGACCCUGUCAAUAACUAAUUGCCUGCUUUCGGAAUCUGACUUGACACAUCUGUCCCAGCACCUGAACGUCAGUCAGCUUAAGGACCUGGGUCUCAGUGGGGUCAACCUGACCAAUAUGAGUCCUGCACCUCUCCAAGUUCUGAUAGAGAGAGCCUCCGCCACCCUCCAGGACCUGGACUUAGAUGAGUGUGGGAUCAUGGACUCCCAGUUCACUGUCAUCCUGCCUGCUCUGGGCCGCUGCUCCCAGCUCACAACCUUUAGCUUCUGUGGAAACCCCAUCUCCAUGGCUGUCCUAGAGAACCUGCUGCGCCACACCAUCGGGCUGAGCAAGCUGAGUCAUGUGCUGUACCCAGCCCCCUUGGAGAGUUACGAGGAUGUUCGUGGCACCCUUCACCUGGGCAGACUUGCCCAGCUGCACGCCAGGCUGAAGCAAAUGCUGCAGGAGUUGGGGCGGCCAGGCAUGGUCUGGUUUAGUGCCAACCCCUGUCCUCACUGUGGUGACAGGACCUUCUAUGACCCAGAGCCCAUUCUGUGCCCCUGUUAUAUGCCUGCCUAG